GGGCGGAGCGGGAGCGGGGCUGGGGCCGCCCGGGCGGCUCCUCCUGUUCGUCUCUGAAUGUUUCGUGUCUGACCUCUCCUCACUGCCCUUUCUUCCCUCUUUCUCAUGGAAAUAAGUGCACAUAUGCCCUCAGCGUGAAUAAUUGUUAAAAACAGCCCCAAAAUAGCCCUUCAAACUGAGUAUACCGCCAUUUCCAUAAGCUUAAGGAUUGAUUGUCCCUGGAUUUGUAGUGCGCUGUGUGUGCUCUCAGAGGUUUAUUUGAAAGGUGUCGGCAAACAAGUGAUCUGACAACUCUGGUACUUUUUAAAUUCCAAACAAGAUGAAGUUCCCUUCUCUGCUGCUGAGAUUCCCUCGUUGUUAUUUCUCCAGAAGAACUUACUUUGUGAACUUUCCCUUCGCUUCCCGAGCAGAUUUCCUGGGCGUUGAAUCUCUCGUGCCAGCACACCGCUGUCAUACAAAAUGGAUUUGUUCCUCAAAUGGUUUGAGGAGAGAGCUGUGCCAGCAAGCAGCCCCGGAGCAGCAAGCAGAGGGACUUUCUGACCGGGAGCAGAGACUUGUAGACAGACUUUACCAUGGGCUAAUCCAGGGUCACAGAGCCUGUUUAGCUGAAUCCAUUACACUUAUAGAAUCAACUCAGAGUAGGAAGAAGAAAGUAGCCCAGGUGCUCCUUCAGAAGGUAUUAUCCUACCACAGGGAACAAGAACAUUUAAAUCAAGGAAAGCCACUUGCCUUUAGAGUGGGGUUGUCCGGUCCUCCUGGUGCUGGAAAAUCAACUUUCAUAGAAUGUUUUGGGAAAAUGCUUACGGAAAGAAAACACAAAGUGGCUGUGUUGGCUGUAGACCCUUCCUCUAGUACUAGUGGUGGUUCCCUACUGGGUGAUAAAACACGGAUGACUGAGUUGUCAAGAGACAUGAACGCAUACAUCAGGCCAUCUCCAACCAGUGGGACACUGGGAGGUGUCACAAGGACCACAAAUGAAGCCAUUCUGCUCUGCGAAGGAGGAGGCUAUGAUGUUGUUCUGGUGGAAACAGUAGGUGUGGGCCAGUCAGAAUUUGCCGUGGCUGAUAUGGUUGAUAUGUUUAUAUUACUGCUACCACCUGCAGGUGGAGAUGAAUUACAGGGCAUCAAACGGGGCAUCAUUGAGAUGGCAGAUCUGGUUGCUAUCAAUAAGGCUGACGGUGAUUUAGUUGUGCCUGCCCGCAGAAUCCAGGCUGAGUAUGUCAGUGCUAUGAAGCUGCUUCGCAAGCGUUCAAAGAUUUGGAGGCCAAAGGUAAUGCGCGUCUCCGCCAAAACCGGGGAGGGGAUCUCGGAUAUGUGGGAUAAAAUGACCGAGUUCCGUGACCUCAUGCUCACAAGCGGUGAGCUGCUUGCCAAACGACGGAAACAGCAGAAAGUGUGGAUGUGGAACCUCAUCCAGGAAAACAUGCUGGAGCAUUUCCGGAGCCACCUGGCAGUCAAGGAUAAGAUCCCACUUCUGGAAGAAAAAGUUCUUAGAGGAGUCUUGUCUCCUGGGCUGGCAGCAGACCUGCUGCUGAAGGCAUUCAAAGAUGGUCUCUAAGCAUUGUUUUCAACCCUGUUCUUGAUAAGUGCUUUAUGUAAACAUGAACAUUAAAGACACUUUUUCUAUGUGUGGAUUCAGAUGUUUUGCUGCAGCAGACAUGCAUAGAAAACCUCUCCAGUACUCUGCAAAAGAAUUCUGUUGGAUUCUGUAUACGCAGUGAUCAUGAUAAAUCUAAACAUACACUAAGAGAUUACUACACACUGGAUUGGGAAAAAAAUAAAUUUCCAAAUCUUUUAUUUUUACAGGCUGUAGAUCUGUUGAUAAAAACUGGAUGCCCAUGUAAAAUGAUUGGGUUUGGGAGGGCAGGGAGUGAGGUUUGUGAUGGUAUAGAGUUUGAUUCUGGUUUAGGGUCAUCUCAGAGCAGUUGACACUGCAGCUUUCUGUUCUAAUGUAGCAGCAGCUGUUGCCAGAAUGGAUUGCAUUUUCUUUCCUCACCUUGAGUGACAGCGAGAACAUUGGACUGCCUGACAGCACCAGACCACAGCCUUAGUUUUAAAUAAAUUGUAUGCAUAUAAAUAGAACAUAGUGGUGUUUGGUGCCUCUUUGGAAGCUGUAGUUAGUUAUUACACACUGUACAGUAGGAGAAGGGAAUUUUAACCAUCCCAGUUUCAAAAUAGAUGUUUUAUCUAGAAGCAAAAUGUAGUUAGGCUUUUUUUUUUACAUACUGACAUCAGAUGGAACGAAUGUUACCCAUGAUGUUUUACUAGGAAAUGUCUUUAUUCUAGAAUAAUUUAUCUCUAAAAAUAAUGUUUUGUAGUUUUCUAAUCUGACUUACAUUUUUUGGAUUUGAACAAAAUGCCAGUUGUGUUUGGUGUUUAUCUCUAGCAGAAGACAGGACUGCACUUUUAUUUUUUAUUUUCCCUUGAGAAAAAUCUAGAGGAAACAUUUUCCUGAUCCGUGAUCUAGAAAGCAGAGCUCAUCUGGUAACCACUAAAUGUGAAGGAUAAGGUGGAAAACUGCUGAUUUUUGCAGACCUGACAGUAAAAUCAGUUAAACAGGAGAAUUUGUGAGUCUGUUGGUGCUUAGAUAAAUUAAUUUUUAAAGAAAUAUAUUGGAAGUGAUGAUUUUCACAGUUUUGAUUUUCUGGACAUAUACCUAAAAGGUAUGGUGACUUUAGCUUGAUUUCACCUGUUUGGCUUCUGGCAACCCAACUCCAGUAUAGUAGUGAGUUGGGUUACUUAAAUCCUCUUUUUACCUUCAUGGUGUUUUUUUUUUAAUUUAUUUUUUUUUCCCUCAAAGUAUUUUUUUCUCUUUUCCCCUUGUCCCGGUUGUUAUAUCAUGUUCCCAAAUUUUGCCCCCUAGGCACUGUUUGCAGUGAAACACUAAGGAAAGGCAUUGUGGUGUUUUUGGGGACCAUGCAGCUGAGGCAUUUCUUUGGGGUAGCUGGUGUUAGUGGUUUCCACCACGUAAACUGUCAGACUUGAGCACUGACCUCUUCCUCCUGUUUAUUAAUCCCUGCUUUGGGAUUGCUGCAGUUACAAAGAAGCAGCUGAAGAAUGCAUGGAGUGGCAGAAGCACAGUGACUUUGUUAUAACCAUGAUGAAUUUUUAUUUAAACAACCUCACUGGAUAUGACAGAGUGCUCCAAACCAAAAUCAACGUCUUGUGUCCUUUGAGUCCUUUCAGCUUUAAAUACUGACUGUAUUUCAUGGUACCUUGUAGAAGAAAUGACAGGUGGGAAAUGAAUUAAUGAGAGCAACAACAUUUUAACUGGUGUGUUCUCAACUUUUUGAUAGUCCCUUUGUUUCAGGUGGCAGUUUUUGAGGUGACCCCAUUUGUGUUUAUCUGUUAGAUCAAACCCUUACUAUGGUCAUUAUUUCUUCUUCUGUCAGGGACUGCUGUUUUCCUUGGCUGUUAUACAUGAGCUGCCAAGCAAGUAAAACAGAACCUGCAACUUUGUUUAAAUGACAUCCUGCUCAAGCAGAAUAUGUUUUACAGCUUCUUCAGUACUUGUUUUCUGGAUGCAGAUUUGCUGAUCCACUCAAGCUAUGGGCUAUCAUUAUUUUCUCAUUUUGUUGCUUCUUUUAUAGUAUUGUAAAUUUACAAAUGAACUCUUAGCAGAAGUGCAAUGGCUUAAACAGGCAUUUUCCUCUUAAAGCAGAGCAUUAAAUGAAAAUCUAAUUUGCCUUUUUUAUGUGUUCAGUCAUGCCUCAUGCUUCAGUAGAUGGAGAAAUAUCCUUAUAUUGAGAGGAGUCUUUGGAAAUGAAACAGUAAAUGAGAA